AUGAAGUCGCCGCCGCCCAGAGCCAAUCACGAAGUGCCACGUGGCACCCGCGCCGCCCCCGCCGCUGAAGCCCGCCGGGCCCGUCCGCCGGCCCCCGCUGCCCGCCUCCCCGUCGCCCGCGCCCCGCCUCCACUCCGCCCCGCGACUCGCCGUUCCCCGCCGCCCGUGCGCCGCCUGGGCUCCCCGCCGCCGCCGCCGUUCCCGACCGCCGCCGCUCCGCGCCUCCCGGCCCGCGCGCCCGAGCCGCAACGCCAACCCCCGCGGGCCCGUCCCCGCGCCACUCCGGCGACGCCGCCCUCCCGCGCCUCCGCCGCCUCCUCCCCGAGCUCCGGCCGCCGACUCCUUCUCCUCCGGUGA